AUGCUUCGUCUAGUGGUCUUUGUCGGCGUCUUCGCCUUUUCCUUGGCAGCAGCUCCGAGACGGUUGACUCGAGGGAUAGCUGGAGGAGAACACCAAGAUGGAGAAGCACAGGUUACCAUAGUAACCUACUUCAACUACGCACCAAGCAUUAAUUCUUUUCUCCUGGAAGUAGUCAAAUCAAAUGUGGCGCAACUUGAGGAGAGCCAUCAUGUUUUCUACGACGCUCGGCUAAUCGAUGUGAAACCGAAGAACGUUGAUGGACUGUUUGGUACCGUAUAUACCAUCCAUGGCGUGAAUUGUGCUAAGUUGGACAACUUCAUCUCAGCAAUCAAGGGGCUAUCAUCACUCACUAAGCAAGUCACUGUAACAUGUGGCGGCAAAACAAAGAGUCUUCCGUAA